UGUUGCUGCAGCCAUGAAGGUUGCCUCUGGUCCAGGCUUUGCCCUCUGCAGCCUGCUGCUGCUGCCACUGCUGCAGGUUCCUGAUAGCCUGAGUCUUGCCCCCGAGCCCAGAGGGCACCUCUGCCGGACACGACCCACGGACCUGGUGUUUGUUGUUGAUAGUUCCCGCAGCGUGAGACCCGUGGAGUUUGAGAAGGUGAAGGUGUUCCUGUCUCAGGUCAUUGAGUCACUGGAUGUGGGGCCCAACGCCACGAGGGUGGGCUUGGUCAACUACGCCAGCACGGUCAAGCCGGAGUUCCCACUCCGGGCCCACGGCUCCAAGGCCUCGCUGCUGCAAGCCGUGCGCCGCAUCCAGCCGCUGUCUACGGGCACCAUGACCGGCCUGGCCCUGCAAUUCGCCAUCACCAAGGCCUUGAGUGACGCGGAGGGUGGGCGCACAAGAUCCCCCGACAUCAGCAAGGUUGUCAUUGUGGUGACUGAUGGGAGGCCCCAGGACAGCGUGCGGGACGUGUCUGCUCGAGCUCGGGCUAGUGGCAUCGAGCUGUUUGCCAUCGGCGUGGGCCGCGUGGACAAGGCCACGCUGCGACAGAUUGCCAGUGAGCCGCAGGACGAGCAUGUGGAUUACGUGGAGAGCUACAACGUCAUCGAGAAACUGGCCAAGAAGUUCCAGGAGGCCUUCUGCGUGGUGUCAGACCUGUGUGCCACAGGGGAUCACGAUUGUGAGCAGGUGUGCAUCAGUUCUCCAGGCUCCUACACCUGUGCCUGCCACGAGGGCUUCACCCUCAACAGCGACGGCAAGACCUGCAACGUCUGCAGUGGUGGCGGAAGUGGCUCGGCCACCGACCUGGUCUUCCUCAUUGAUGGAUCCAAGAGUGUGCGGCCUGAGAACUUCGAGCUGGUGAAGAAGUUCAUCAACCAGAUUGUGGACACGCUGGAUGUGUCAGACAGGCUGGCCCAGGUGGGGCUGGUACAGUAUUCAAGCUCCGUGCGCCAGGAGUUCCCACUCGGUCGCUUCCACACCAAGAAGGACAUUAAGGCCGCGGUGAGGAACAUGUCCUACAUGGAGAAAGGCACCAUGACUGGGGCUGCCCUCAAGUAUCUCAUAGACAAUUCCUUCACCGUGUCCAGCGGGGCAAGGCCUGGAGCCCAGAAGGUGGGCAUUGUCUUUACUGAUGGCAGGAGCCAGGACUACAUUAAUGACGCUGCCAGGAAGGCCAAGGACCUUGGCUUUAAGAUGUUCGCAGUGGGCGUCGGCAAUGCUGUGGAGGAUGAGCUGAGGGAGAUUGCCUCCGAGCCCGUGGCGGACCACUACUUCUACACAGCUGACUUCAAGACCAUCAAUCAGAUUGGCAAGAAGUUGCAGAAGAAAAUCUGUGUGGAGGAAGAUCCAUGUGCCUGUGAGUCCAUACUGGGAUUUGAGGCCAAGGUGGAAGGCCUGUUGCAAGCCCUGACCAGGAAGCUAGAAGCUGUAAGCAAGCGGCUGGCUGUCCUGGAGAACAGAAUUGACUAACAGCGCCUGUGGCCUUGCCACCUCCCACCCAACGCGUGGC